AACAUGCUUUCAUGUUGUUUACAUCCAUAUUCCUGAACUCCUCCAGUCUAACUGCAUCAAUCCAUUGCGAAGUCUAAAGAAUCCUAAUGUGUUUUUAAUGUUGAUGGUUUGUUAUUGGCAGUGUGGGUAGGAAUACGUGGCCAGGCACUUUCUCUAAAUUUCCUUUCAGCCUUGAUCUUGGCUGCUCCACUGCUUUGUUUCAUCUUGCAGCCAUGCCGCCUCCAGACACUAUGUACUGUUCCCAGCAAAUCAGCAUCCCACCCGAGCUGCCCAACCUCCUCAAGAACUUCACCAAGGCAGCCAUCCGAACGCAGCCCAAGGACUUGCUGCAGUGGUCUUCAACAUACUUCCAUGCACUGUGUAAUGGACAGCGUUUGCCUGUCAAAGACCGCUCUGAGAUGAACGUUGCCACCCAGAAGACAGACACUGGGCUGACUCCAGGUCUGCUUAAGAAUCUUCACAAACAGCUGUCCCAGAAGACAACUUGCAGCAAGGAGGAGCUGAAGAAGAAAUGGGAGGGUCUGUGUUUACCAUCGGAUCAGAUGGAGACCCUGCUGUCGCUGGGCAGCUUCAGCUCAGAAAUUGACUGGAUGGAGUUUUUCGCCCUGGGCUGCAGCGCUCUGGGAGGGACCCUAAGGAGUUCUCUGAAGUUCGCCUGUGAGAUCUUGACAGAGGAUGAGGAGGACGGCACCGCGAGGAUCCCGUUCGACACCUUUGUGAAAUUGUACACUUAUCUGGCUCGCCUGGAUGGGGACGUGCCACAGGACCACAUUGACGACUUCCUCAGCAGCCUGCAGCCACAAGUAGAGCUCCAGCAUGGGAUGAUAAAACCUCUGGACUUCAUCCAUCAGGACAACAUGGACUGAAACUCCUGACUCAUCAGAGCUGAACAAGAACAGGGAAAGACACAUGUAUGCGUAACUGAUAUAUUCAAACCCUAUAUUCAUGCAGUUGGAUACUUUUGAUGUUGAGUUGCUUCUCUAACAUUUAGGUAUAAUUCAGAGCCCAGAAGUAAUUCCUAGUUUCAUUUUUUUAGUCUUUAUAAAGACGGACGACACAUCUUCACUCUUUCCAGUUUUUCAUAAAUGAAGCUCAAAUAGACCCGAUACAGUUGCUGCCAUCUUGCGCUUUUGAUGCUUUUCUCCCUUUAUACACAAAUCUAUGGUUGGUGGUUUUUACCACUUUGUCUUCUUUAUAUUUGUUCCAUUACAGAGGUUCUAAUCACACUAGGGGUGCACCGAUAUGGAAAUUCUUGGCCGAUACCGAUACCGAUAUUUGUUUAUUUUCUUUUUGUUGUUAUUCAUUCAGCCUUUUGUGCCAGAAAAAUAAUUAAAUCAUUAUUUAAAAGCACUAUUUAAAAAAUGUUCAGCCCUUCAUCACUCUUAUCUUUUAAUGAGCACAAAUUGAAUCAGAUUUAUGAAACAAUCUUUGAUUUAACUAAACUUUAUUUAACAGAGACAUAUUAUGCCCAUUUUACCGCAAGUUGAAAUGGUUCCUUGGGAUCUUAAUGAAAUGACUGUAACAUAUUUUGGUCAAAAUGCCACAAGGAUAAUUUAAAACAGCACCUUUUUACCCUGUCUAAAACAGCCCUGUUAAAGUAGCAUUAUAGAGAACGCUCUUCUCAUUGAUUUACGGUAGCAGUAUUGGCCGUUUAUUAGAUGUGUUACGGCUUCUGUGUGUAUGACGUAUGUUGUCAAUUCCCUUGUUACCUGUGCAUGAGACGGAUGAAUAGAGCCGGUGCACAUGAGAAUAAAGUACUUAAACAGACGCUACACUCAUACUUUUUACACCAAGUUACACUGCGUGAGUCAAGAUAACUUAACAAGCCCUCCUCAGUUUUACCUGUUUUUAGUGUCGGGCAGAAAUCACAUCGCGUCAACACCCACCGUGGCCCUUCGCGAUGCUUGUUUUAAUUAAACAGUCGGAUUCCCCUGGUCCGCACCAGUUCUC